GGAAAAACGUGGGCUUUUCUCUACCGCUAAAAAACAGCUAAUAAACGCUAUUUUUCGUGUGAAAUACUCGUGUAUGGUUUUCAAUUGCUGUACAGUUCCCAAGCGUCAGCCAUGAAUCAGGAAGAGGAAAUUCCGACAAGAGUCACGCGAGGUGCUCUUCGUCGUCGAUCGGUCGACCAAGAAGCGACACCACAAAAAGCCAUCGGCACAGUCACAGCUGGAGGAACACCAAAAAAAUCCACCAGCGCAGCCAAAAAACCUUCGGCGCUUAAUGUUAUUCAAGAGAGCGAUGGUGGAAGGCAGGCAAGCCCCGUCAGUGGACGUAGCACACGUCGCCGUACAUCAGAAACGGUAGACACGCCGACGACGGUAGGUAAAACAAAUAAAUUGGUUCAAGCACUAAAAGAAUCGGAGAAGCCGGAAGGGACAGGAGGUCGAUCUCGAAAUUCUUCGCUCAGUGAAGAAAAUGUAAAAGCAUUCAAUGCUGGGCUGGAAGAUGUUGGGCACUUGACCCGUUCGCGAACUCCAGUUCGCCUGCGACCAUCACAGGAGACAUUUACAAGCACUCCGCAGUCAGUGCCAGCCGCUGUACGCCGCUCUGCGCGUCGCAAUAGUGUAACGUCUGACGAUGGUGUUGCUUCAGUACAAUCACUCCCGGUUAGCACUUCGAAAGUGGCUGGUGCUUUGCGCGCUCGGAAAGAUGAUACCAUCAUUGAAGAAGAAACUGGCAAUGAAGGGUCGGUUUCUUCUGAAAAUUCUCUUCGAAGUUCUAACGCUCAACUAAAUUCGUCUCAGAUUACCGCAGACUCAUUUAGUCCACAGAAGCGUGACUUGGAAAAAGGCGUACUUUCUCGAGGAGCGUCCAAGUCACCAAGAUUUGGCUCAUCGAUUAGAAUGUCCAAUGGCUCGACUCGCUCAAAGAACGUUUCGUUUAGUGAAUCGUCCCAGCCAGAAGACAAUCAGACAAUUACGACGGAUAAAAGAAUGGUUCUGUUGUUGACAGAUUUGCGCGAUACUUCUCUACUGACUCGAGAACCGAAAGUUAACGACAUAAUCACUAUUCCGAGAAACCAUCAGAAGGUGACUGACUCGAAACUAAAUGUCGAUCAAAACACGGAUGGUAAAGUCAAUAAAGAGAAAGCCAAUCUCGCUGGCAUAUCUGAUCUUGUUGUACCACAAAGCGAAAAAGAUGAUAAUCAAUCAAGUGUAGCAACUACCCUUGUGGACAAUAUGGUUGCUGAAAAUGUUACGGAAGACCGAAAUGAAAUAAGCGGCGUCGAAGCGUUGGAUUCGUCUUUACCCUCAGUUCAAAAAACGGAGAACACCAAAAACAGCGAUUCUUACUCGAACGCUUGGUGCCAAUCUGUUUGCGGCAGCAGUAGUAAAGGUAUUGAUGGAUUCAGCGUGCAGAAACAGGAAGCAGAAAAAGAGUUGAUGAAACAACAGCAAGAAAUGUCUGCAAAACCAACAAGAUCUUCGUUGAAAGGUGAUAAGCACCAGGAAGAUAAUACCACUAUAAACGCAACAGAUGAAGAUGAAGCUGAAGAGGUAGAUGAAGAGGAAAACGCCACUAAAAGUUUCAUAGAAAAUGAAGCAAUAGAGAUGGAAUGCUACCAAUCAGGCGAUUCGUUGGACGAUGAUAUGCGACGCGAAAUGGAGGAAAAUGAGAUACCAGAACAUGGAGAGGAUCUUGGUAGUGAAGACACAGAAGAAGGUGUCGAUCAAGAAGAAUCAGAUGAGAAAGAUUCAUUUGUCGUAUCGGAUGGUGAUAUCGAUGAGGAACUAGAAAUGGAGCUGCUCGAGGGAACAGAUGAAGCUUCGAGCCUAGCUGAUGAUAGCCCCAAGAAAACUCAUGAAGAUGCGGAAACUCCUAAAACAUCUCCCAAAAUAGAUGCGGAAGUUAAUACUCCCUUGGAGGGGAAUCCUGGGGAUGUUGGCUCGCCAAAAGUACAAGAGGAAGUAGCAUUCAAUCAGUCGUUGCGGAAGGAGGAAAAUGUGGUUGAGAAGGAUCAUUCGGCAUGUACACCGGACACGUUGGAUGUCGUCGAAGCAGUUGUCUCAUCGCUACAAUUGACCAACGAUCGAACUACCAUAGCAUCACGCAAAAGCCUCUCGGCAUUACCAAUUACAUGCAAUAGUAGUGUAAUGGUUACAAAACCAUUACGCAAAAGCCUCCCGGUUUGUGUCAAGGAUCGCUGCUUAGAGGAAACAGGCACUAAACUAUCGGACUUGACCCAUUCCGUAGAAGGUUCUUCGGGAAACAACGCAGGAAAAAAUAAUGCGGAGGGGAACAAGUCCCAUAAUAUUUCUAUGGCAGAAGACGAAAAUGAUACAAUGGCUUCUCACAAGCAACCAGUUGAAGAGUUCGAUAAUGAAUCGGAUGGUGCAGGUGUCAAGAUAAAGGAUGAAGUAGCACCCAAGAAAGAUUUUAUCGACAAAAAAGAACAUCCCAAAAAAUCGAUGCCAAACGUUACGCUUGUGUCCUCGUUGUUCUAUCUCGGUGGGUCAAAACAAACGACACGCAACAACACUACCGGAGGCGAUGGUAUUAGCUUGACUUCUCCGCCGCAACCGAUAGACGUGAAGAAGUCGAAGCAUCCUGGGGUUAUGCUCGCCAAUCCUUUCGCUACGGAUAAAUCAAAGACAGUCCGUCGGUCGACAGGGUCGUUGAGUUGUUCGAAAAAAAAGACAAAGGGCGAAAAUAAUCGUGGCUCGUUGCCGGCAAAACUGAACGAGGAUGAUGAGCAAGAGAAAUCAAUCGAAACCGUGGAUGAAAAGUCCAAUGCAACUCAACAGCAACCAGAAAGCCAAUCUCUGGAGCUUGGUGGAGCUGAUGCUCUGGUGCCGGAUGCCGUGAAUAGUGGCAAUGCGAAGGAUUCCGGCGAAAAGGAAAAGGUUAAAGCAAUGAAGGUGACAAAGCCGUUGGAAGCUUACGAUCUGGACUCCAUUCUUAAUCGUUGUAACGAAGUGGUUCGCGCAAACAAAGAGCGGAAAAAAGUAAACUCCGCCGUAUUGCAGAAAAAGAAGGACGAGAAGAAACUUCGGCGAGAACGAAAGCCUAAGAUCGACCCAAAGGAUGGUCUUGGCGUCGCACAGGAAAAUGUUAACCAGCAAGAUUCUGGUCAUACGAUGUCUGACGACGAAGCGAAUGAUACGAAUACCAUAUCCGUUUCUACUGGCAACGAUUCGGCAGAGCAGCACACGUUGAACGAUGUGCAUGAAGCAAAAAAGAAAAAGAAAAGGAAGCAGAAGGUGAAGAACUACUUGUUGGAUGAGCUUGCUUCGAUUAAAAAGGAAAGUGUGGCACGUGCCUUACAGCACAAGCUCGAGCAGAUCAAGAUGCGUAAACAAGCGAAAAAGGAGCGUAAACUAAAGGAGCAGAAUUUAUUAAACAAAGAGAAUGGCUCUAUCGGAACGAUGGCAAAUACGGAAGGAAUCAAAGCAAAGCUGGAGAAAGCCAAACGUAAUCAACUAAAACACUCAAAUGCAAAGCAGUUGGAAAGUAACCUACAACGAAACGUACAAGUAACAGGGCUUCCCGAGAAAAAGCUGAAAAUGCGUGCUGCUGUAUCGGCGUUUGCAGUGUUUCAGGAGAACAAUGAACGCUCAAUGGCCGCAUCCAUGAAGAACAACGAAAAGAAUGUACAGCGGGUUCCAAGUGUGCAAGAGCGGCAGGAAGAUUCACCACAUUUGAUGAAAGAAGAAACUUAUCUCUCAAAAAAUCCGACAGAACCGACCGACUCUUCAAGACAGGACAUUCAAACCAAGCCUACAAAUAAAGGAUCACUGGCCGAUGGCCGUCCAACCAAGAUGAAACGCCAUAUUCCAGAGAACGAGUCGAGCGAUGGUAUUGUUGCUCAAGGAUUACCCGAUCAACUCCGACGGCAAAACGAAAGUAAGAAUGACGGCGCAGAAGUGGAAAUAACAUCACAUUUGCCUAAACAAAAAGUGAAACUGCCAGUUCAAAAGAUAUUAAACAGAAACCAGGAGUGUAAUGAAAAAGCCCUGGCUGGUUCUAAAGAUUCUGUCAACAAAUUACUUAAAAAAGACAAAAAGAUUCAAGGCACCCAAUCUCUGGUUUCAGUUGUUUCCACUGCCCUAAGUGCCUUUAAUCAAUCGAUGGUUGCCAAUAGUUUGAAGGAAAAGAAAACAAGUAGACCAUUACGAGAUCACCAUCAUCAGCAGCAGUUGCAGGCGGAUUUCAAAGCCCAUGACAUUACAAAGCUCAAACGAAAGCGUUUUUCCGAGGAAAAUACCUCGCCAACACCGCCGCAACCAGCGAAAUUACCCAAAUUGAAGGCUUUGCAGCGCUUGGCACAUGGCUUUGUUGAGCAAACCGUUACACCGGAAAAAGAACGUUUGAAGCGAAACUUUGGUUUCGUCGAAUGUCAAGCGACACCAAAAGCAAUCGGAUUCAAGGUUCAGUCCGUGCUACCAACAGAAGCAGAAGAGCUGCGAGCCAUGCUAGGGGAUGGCAGCAAGAAGACAGCUGGAGGCCGUAAAAAAAAGGGAAAGUCAAGCACGAUUCUUGCCGCGCAGUCGAACCGCAGUCUUCCGCUACCAAUUUGGACUAGUUCCGGAUUUUUCAUGGAAGACGACAUCGGUACGGAUAAAAUGACCGCCUCGAAGCGAGGACGAAAAGCAAAUGCAACUGUAAACGAUAGUUCAAGCAGUUAUAAAAAUGUAAAGGGACAUAGAGGUUUCAAACUGAAGAUGCUUCGAGAACCAUCAAACGGAACUGCGGAAAAUCGACUUACGAAGCCACAUCUCAUCGACAACGCCAUCGUACCAGAUUCGGUAAUCAAUUUUAAGCGGCAACAGCUGCUGGAAAAAACAGCUCACCUGCGCGAGAAGCAAAAGAAGGUUGGCAGCGUUUAAAUCCAUUUUGGGACACUUCAGAUGGUCAUGCUUUCUUUUUUCAUUUUCUUUAUUGUUAUCAUUUUAAGGUAAAUUAAAAAUGUCUGUGCCCAAUCUGCAUUUUUCUGAAGUAGCAGUAUAAGGAAGCCAGUGAAGCGCGAUAAAAAUAUUCAGAAUAAACAUUGU